GUUGCUGUUUGUGUUCUUUUUCUUAUUCGCAUUAAUCAUCGUAUCUUUCUGGAUUUUAGAUCAGACGCAGUACGAAAUCUGUUGUGAAAUUCCAAAUUCCUAAGAGACCUAAGAGCAGCUGCAGCCAUGUCGCAGUUCACGUGCCUCAAUUGCGAUGCCCGCUUCGCAAGUGCGGAGAUUCAGCGGGACCACUACAAAACCGACUGGCAUCGCUAUAAUUUGAAGCGACGGGUGGCCCAGCUGCCGCCGGUCACCGCCGAGGAGUUCCAGCAGCGCGUGCUGAGCGCCCGCAGCGCCAACGAUGCCGCCCUGGAGGAGCAGAACAUCAGUGUCUAUUGCCAGGCGUGCCGCAAGCAGUUCUCCGGCCAGAAGGCCCACGACAACCACCUGAACAGCAAGAAGCACAAGGAGGCCCUGGCCAAAUAUGAACGCGACCAAAUGACCGCCAGUGGUGGCAGCACGGCUGCCUCCGUUUGCACGCGAAGUGUGCUGGAGCCGCGUCCCCAUCCCGCCCUGGCGGCUGCGGCGGCGGGCAAGGGUCGUCUGGCCUUUGCGGAGCGAGCACAUGGCCGCGACGAGGACGAGGAAUUCGAGGAGGGCGACGAUGACGACUUUGAGGACAUUGAGGAGGAGGAGGUGGACUCGGACGAAUGGGACAAGAUACCGGAGAACCCACUGACCGAGCGCGAUUGCCUCUUCUGUACGCACAACAGCGAGGAUCUGGUUGAGAACCUCAAACACAUGUCCGUGGCCCACUCGUUCUUCAUACCUGACACCGAAUACUGCACCGAUAUCGACGGCCUCCUCUACUACCUGGGCGAGAAGGUGGCCAACUAUUUCAUCUGCCUGUGGUGCAAUGAUCGCGGCAAGACCUUCUACUCCCUGGACGCUGUGCGCAAGCACAUGGUGGACAAGGGUCACUGCCAAAUGCUCCACGAGGGCAUGGCCUUGGCCGAAUACGCCGAGUACUAUGACUACAGUUCCAGUUAUCCGGAUAAUAAGGAUGGAAUGGACAUCGAUGAGGAGGUCGUUCCAGAGCUGCUCGACGGCGACGAGUACCAGUUGGUGCUGCCAUCGGGUGCUGUGAUCGGACACCGUUCCCUGCUCCGCUACUACAAGCAGCGUCUGCGCCCGGAAAGCGCCGUCGUCCUCAAGAAGUCGGACCGCAAGCUGCACAAGGUCCUCAGCGAGUACCGGGCUCUGGGCUGGACGCAGACCCAACAGCAGGCGGCUGCCCGCAAGGCGAAGGACAUUCAUCUGAUGAAGCGCGUCCAGUCCAAGUGGCAGAUGAAGCUCGGCUGCAAGGCCAACAAGCUGCAGAAACACUACCGCGCCCAGGUCCUCAUCUAAGGAUAAUGCCCCUUUGGAAUAUAUUCCGCAUAUAAUAUUAAAUGCCCCAGAAUGGGUUAUUUUUUUGUUAAUCGCUAGGAUUUCUUGUAAUAUAAAAAUACAUAAAUGAGUGUACUAAGAGGAGGUUCCAAACAAAAUGGAAUUUCCGAAUUUUCCUCGGAUUUUCC